GCCGUAAUUGAGAAUCUUAAUAUCCAAGCAUCAAAACUGGGAUCCUGCAGUCUAUCUAGGUCAUAGCUCCUAUAAAACUCCUCCAGAUCGUUGUCGUGGCACCUUUGCUCAUACUACGUUCCCCCCAGCCCUUCGGAAGUCGUUGGUCCAAGCUUCAACGCCGACAUCGAACUUGCAGAUUUCCCGGUCAACAUCCAGAACGCCUUGAACCAGCCAUACCCCAGCUCUAUCACAUCUCACCGUCGUCUUUUUUUUCGAAUCUAAUUUUCACUUAGUUAAUUUUUUUUUCGCGCAUCGAUCCGUCACCAUGUCUUUCCUCUUCGGCGGUCCCCCCAAGAUGACUUCGGAGCAGAAGAUCGCUGCUGCCGAGACGGAAGUUGAGAUGGUCUCCGACAUGUUCAACCGCCUGACCGAGUCGUGCACCAAGAAAUGUAUCCCUACCGAUUACCGCGAGGGCGACCUGAACAAGGGCGAGUCAGUCUGCCUCGACCGCUGUGUUUCCAAGUUCUUCGAGGUCAACAUGAAGGUCAGCGAGAAGAUGCAGGGCGAGGCGACGGCCAGCAAGCAGAGCGGAAUGGGAUUCGGCAUGUAAAAAACCCUCUCUGAUCAUGACGCAAAUGAUGCAAUGCUGGUUUGGGGUU